AUGAUAACACAAUCGAAAAUCAUUGCUGAGAUUGGAAAACUAAACAAUCAGGCGGAUGAACUUUAUAAUAAGAAUAUAUCAGAUGAAGUACGGAGAGAACGUGCACAAGAGAUCAUAAACGAACUGACAAAAUUCACAGAUCUUGAUAAAGUAGCGGGAGGAGAAAAUGGCGCUGACAAACAAAUUCUUAAUGGCACGGUUGAAAUACUUCAAAAGAUCGUAAACUUACAUAUUUCUGAUGGAAGCCUUAGAAUAUUAGAGCCUUCCAGCAAUAUAUUGGAUCAGAGAAAUGAUAAAUCAUGGAAAAAUAUUUCGGAUAGAAAUGUCAUUCCAGAUCUUGUAACAACGUUGGAAAAUUACGGACUCCAAUAUGGAGAGGAAAUAAGAAACAACACGAAUGGUUCCAUUAGUCAAAACGCUUCAAACGUGCAGUUACGAGUCAGAUACAUGGAAAACACAGGCAAAUUGUCGCUUGAGGACAGACGUUCAAAUUUCCCCAAUGCAUCCUUCAUCAUCUCGUCUGAUGCAAUCCCUAAAGAAUCUGGAAGUCUUGCUGUGGUCGUUUGGUACAAUACAUUAAAUUCCUUUCUUGGAGAGAAAUUUUACACCAGCCAUGAUUAUGUGAAAGUAGACAGUAAGAUAAUUACUGCAAGUGUCCGACCUCAGUCAAAGAUGCUAAAGUUUACCCAGCCUGUGCAGAUCAUUUGGGACACAAAUGGAAAGAAUGAUGAUGGAAAAUGCGCAUACUGGAUACCAGAGUCACGUGAAAAUAGAUGGAAGACAGAUGGUUGUAUUAGAGUCGAAGACCAGUCAGGCAGAAAUCGCUCGAUAUGUGAAUGUAACCACCUCACAGCAUUUGCUACAAUUGACAUUUCAAGAAAUUUGCUAAGCAAAGCUGAGAGAAAGGCUUUGGAGGUAAUAUCCACCAUUGGCUGUUCAAUAUCAUUGGUUGGAGUGUUGCUAACAAUAGCAACAUACGCUUUACUCUGGAAGAGUCUUCAUAAGAACUCCAAGACAAAUAUUCCAUCCCAUGUUCUCUUAAACCUCUGUAUUGCGAUUGGAAUGACGGAUAUAUUUGCUAUCGUGGCUGGACCAGCGCAGAAAAAUGAGACAUUUUGUAUAGUUAUCUCCAUACUACUUUAUUUCUUCAUACUCGCUAUUUUUUGCUGGAUGUUUUGCGAAGGAUUCAUCAUUUAUCUACAACUCGUAAACGUGUAUUCGGGUUUGGCUUUGGGAGGUAAACACCUGAAAGCCUUCUACGCGAUUGGUUGGGGAGUUCCGAUAGUUCUUGUUCCUGUAUUAGUCGGUGCAAAUGAUCGAAAAGAUUUUAUAACCGAUCAUGCCUGCUGGUGCCGUGGUGAUGGUCCGUUGUUUUGGACAUUUGUCUGUACGAUAGUCGUGGUCUUACUGAUCAACUUGGUUAUUUUCAUUUUGGCGUUAAGAAAUGCUUUAUCAUCCAGCCAAAUAAGAACCGCUCAUUCAAAGGCUGACACAAAGCUGAGGAAAGCAAAAAUUGGCGUCAAAGGUUCAGCCAUCCUUCUUCCAAUACUUGGACUAACCUGGGUGUUUGCUUUGUUGGUGUUCAAUCGUGAUGCAAUUUUCUUUAAAUAUCUUUUCGCGAUAUUUAACUCUCUCCAAGGCCUAAUGAUAUUCGUUUUUCACGUGCUGAUAAAUAAAAAGGUUCAUGACGCAAUCAGCAGUGUAAAGAAAGCAGGUGAUGCCAGAAAUGCAAGGGGCACGAAUGCCAACGCUUUAACUGUUUCAACUGAAACCAGCCAUACCAAAUAAAAAAUUCCAACAGUGUCUGUUUUCCUGGAUGAGGACAAGAAAUCACUGGGUGGCAAAAAGUUCAUUCUCACUCGGACGCCUUCAAAAUAUUAAUCAGUGAAAACAAUUUACUACUCGAUGCACACUAUAUGUAUAGUUAUAGUGACGCUUCAAUAUGUAUGUUUCAUAUAACCUAAUUCGCACCAUGCGCGCACUCGAAUAUAAGUUCUCAAUGUAGGGACAAAUAUU